CGCGCUCCUCAUCUGCCCCGCGCCGAGCGCUGCCGCCGCCGCCGCCGCCGCCGCUCCGCUGCCCGCGCCGCCCGCGGCUCCCGAUGGAGACUGACGCGCCCCAGCCCGGCCUCGCCUCCCCGGACUCGCCGCACGACCCCUGCAAGAUGUUCAUCGGGGGACUCAGUUGGCAGACUACGCAGGAAGGGCUGCGCGAGUACUUCGGCCAGUUCGGGGAGGUGAAGGAGUGUCUGGUGAUGCGGGACCCUCUGACCAAGAGAUCCAGGGGUUUCGGCUUCGUCACUUUCAUGGACCAGGCGGGGGUGGAUAAAGUGCUGGCGCAGUCACGGCACGAGCUCGACUCCAAAACAAUUGAUCCCAAGGUGGCCUUUCCUCGGCGAGCACAGCCUAAGAUGGUGACUCGAACGAAGAAGAUCUUUGUGGGGGGGCUGUCAGUGAACACCACGGUGGAGGACGUGAAGCAGUAUUUUGAGCAGUUUGGGAAGGUGGACGAUGCCAUGUUGAUGUUUGACAAAACCACCAACCGGCACCGAGGGUUCGGGUUUGUCACGUUCGAGAGUGAGGACAUCGUGGAGAAAGUGUGUGAAAUACACUUCCAUGAAAUCAACAACAAAAUGGUGGAAUGUAAGAAAGCUCAGCCAAAAGAGGUGAUGUCGCCGACGGGCUCAGCCCGGGGGAGGUCUCGAGUCAUGCCCUAUGGGAUGGACGCCUUCAUGCUGGGCAUUGGCAUGCUGGGUUACCCCGGUUUCCAGGCCACAACCUAUGCCAGCCGGAGUUAUACAGGCCUCGCCCCUGGCUACACCUACCAAUUCCCCGAAUUCCGUGUAGAGCGGACCCCUCUCCCGAGCGCCCCAGUCCUCCCCGAGCUUACAGCCAUUCCCCUCACUGCUUACGGACCAAUGGCGGCGGCAGCGGCAGCAGCGGCUGUGGUUCGAGGGACAGGCUCUCACCCCUGGACGAUGGCUCCCCCUCCAGGUUCAACUCCCAGCCGCACAGGGGGCUUCCUGGGGACCACAAGCCCCGGCCCCAUGGCCGAGCUCUAUGGGGCAGCCAACCAGGACUCGGGGGUCAGCAGUUACAUCAGCGCUGCCAGCCCCGCCCCCAGCACCGGCUUCGGCCACAGUCUUGGGGGCCCUUUGAUUGCCACAGCUUUCACCAAUGGGUACCACUGAAGCAGGAAUCAGGUGGCAGGAGCGCCCCAGCCUCCAGCUGACUGAGGACCACAGCGAGCCAGCGAGGGGGCGGGGACACCUCAGCCGCAGCCGCCGCCCCCUCCCCCCGCAGCGACUCGGACCGCUACUGCCUGCCCCCAACUCCCUGGGCCCGGCCCCUGCCCUGCUGCCCCGGACAGCGUCUGGCUCCCCUACUAACCUCCCUCUCUUCCGCCCUUGGCUCCCCUCCCCCACCUGCCCCUCUCCUCCCGCUUUUAUUUAUUUUGGAUUAGCCGGUUGGCCCCCACCCCCCUGGCUCUCCCCUCUCAGGUCUGCGCCCCUUCCUCCCUGCCGCACCCCCAUAGGACCCUCCCCCCCCAGAAGGCUUUUGUAUUUGUGCAUAGCUAGAGUGAGGGCGGAGGGGGUCUGCUACAGGCCGCAAGCCCUAUGCUUGUUUUUUAUUCUGAUUUCCCCUCCUUUUCUCUUUCUUUUUUCUUUUUUUUUUUUUUAAGAAACCGUUUUUUAAACUAUUUCUAGGUUUGUGAAUGUGAAGCCCCAGGCCGCAGGGGGCAAGGGGCCAGGUGCCCCCCACCAGCUGAGAACAAAAUGUCUAUGUGGGUGUGGGCCCCUGGCCACCUCCCUCCAGUCCUGGAAAGGAGGACAGGGUUGCGGCCAGGCCAAGCCCCUGGAACCAUCCCGUCCUGUAUCAUAUGUAAAUACUGUGAGGUGAAGCCCCUACCCCUCUGUAAGACCCCUUAGGGGUGAGGGCAUCGCCUCACCCCACCUGGCAAAGGUGUCCCCCUGUGUUUCUGUCUCCUCCUCAGACACCGUUACUGUAAGCUUGCAGGCCUCAACUGUGGCCAAGGCAAGCCCGCUCGCUCAGGCCCUAGGGGUCAAGGCCUUGGGCCUGCUCACCCCAAAAACCCAGCGUGGGGCCAAGGGGUGAGGAAAGAGAAGGGCUCGCCCGGAGCCACUGCUGGAAAGGAAUUAACUCUCCAAAGGUCUCCCCCUGCCCCCUACCUAGGUCAGGCCUUCAUGGUUUCUGCUCUGAGCCCCCCAUGAGCGGGCAUCAAGGGGGUACUUUGGGAAGGGGUGGACCCCAGGGGAAAGCAAAGGGCUUCUCAGGGAACCCCCACAUUCUCUCACUGAAGUUUCCCACCAGGAUGGUCCCAUGGCCAGAGCCCCUUGGCAGCCCCGAGCCCCCCAAGCCCCCUUCAAAG